UCACAUCUCAUUAACGAAAUUAAACCAUUUUACUUCUCAUCUCUCAAAUCAAAAAGCUUUUUUUUUUUUUUCUUAUUUUUCAUGGAGAAAGUAUCAUCUUCUACUUCAAAUUUCAAACAAGCUAAUCUCAAAAUGGUCACCCAAAAACGCAAAGCAGGAAGAAAAAAGUUCCAUGAGACUCGCCAUCCUGUGUACAAAGGUGUCCGCCAAAGAAAUGGGAAGUGGGUGAGUGAAUUGCGACAGCCUUACAGCAAGUCUAGGAUUUGGCUUGGAACAUUUUCAAAGCCUGACAUGGCAGCUAGGGCUUACGACGUAGCUGCGUUAGCUCUUAGGGGAGAUUCUGCAUCCUUGAACUUCCCUGAAUCAACCCAUUUAUUGCCUCAUAUUGAGUCUACUUCUAUUAGGGAUAUUAGGCAUGCUGCUCUAGAGGCUGCAGCUCAGAGCUGUGUUCAUGUUGAUCAAUGUUGUUCUUUAUCUUGUUGUUGUACAUCCAUGAAAAGCGACGAGAUUGAAGAAGCUUGUGAGAGGAAGGUGGCGUUUUUGGAUGAGGAGGAGUUGUUUAACAUGCCUGGAUUACUUAAUAGCAUGGCAGAAGGGUUGAUUCUUACGCCACCAGCUAUGAAAAGAGGGUUCAGCUGGAAUGAUGAGGAAGACGACCACCCUGUAGAUUUGACUCUGUGGAGUGAUUGAUGAAUCAUGAUCCAUAUCACCUUACAUGUAAUUUUCAAUGUUUAAUUUCGAUGCUUUAUAGAAUUAUGCUUUGAUUUUUGGAUUAAUUUCCAAGCUAAUAUAAUGAA